AAUAAUGCAACAGUCGAUCAGGACGUAGCCAUCAAUACCAGUGGUGUCCCUGUAAUAGUGAGAUUUUUGAAUCAGGACUAGCUCCACAAAGAGUUCAUUACAGUUAGUUUCUUGUAUGAUGGGGGACUAGGAUGCAGAACAAGGCCUAAUUGAUUGGAAGAGACAUGGAUAAUGAUUCUAGAGACAGCGUAAAUGGUCCUGCAUCGAUGACGCAAACAGGCGGCCAACUAAACGAGGGUAGCCCCGACGCUCUCCGAAACAAAGACCACCACGGGGAACCUACCUGGCAGAACACCCUAUUGCACCUUGGAGGACCCGUGGCUCGUCUUUGGAAAAAACUAAGGACACGCAAGAAAGACGGAAGAAGAAACGUCACCAACGGGGCGACGUUGAUUGUGGUUAUCUCCGCUGUUCUGCUCACCGUCGGGCUGGGGCUUAUUCUCACCAUUUGGUCUCCUUUUGUCGCAAAUUCUACCAAGAGACCCUCCAUUGAUGGGCCUAUGCCUGCUCCCGACAGUGCCACAUUUGAAACACCUGUGAUUGGUCCCGUUGAAGUGAAUUUGACCUUAGAAAUCGACCAGAAAUUCAAAGAAGAGUAUUACUACCCCACUUCGGCAGGUUACAAAGAGCUAGAAGCCAUGAUUCUUACAACGAUUGACAGCAUAUUCAUGAACAGUGACACGAGUAGUGCGUAUGAAGGCUCGAAAGUUGUUGGCUUCCGAAAUGGAAGCGUCCUUGCCACCGUCCUCAGUCGCUUUAGACAAGCCGUCGUUCCUGCCUCUCAAAACCCCUCAGACUUGAAUGCAGUCUUAGACACGUUUGUCGAGUACGUUCAGAGCCUCCUCGAGAGCUUGACCAGUCAACUUGGGUGCUGUGGUGGCCUUCAGUUCAUCUCGAUCAUAAUCAAUGGAGCAAACAUAAAAUCGCCGUUCGUUGGUGUGUCUGAAACAACUCUACCACCGCAAUCUGUAGGUUCCACAACCGAUCCAUCAACUGCUAGACUGACUGACCAACAGACUGAUCCAUUAACUACCGACCCAACACAUCCACCGACUGCUGCACCGACUGAUCAACCAUCUCAUCCACAAAGUGUAGGAUCAACCCAUAUUUCAAAUGUACAACCGACUGAUUCUACGACUACGCUACAGCCUUACACGCAAACUGAGGAGGCGCUAACUGUUGCUCCGAGUGCAUCACCAACCAGUGCACCAACUGAUGGUCCAAUUGAACCACCAAUUGAUCCAACUAGCGAAGCACUAACUAAUCUGUCGACUUAUCAACCAACACCUCCAACUAGUCCAACAUCUGCCCUAACUGAGUCAUCAACAUAUUUCCAAACAGAUGGCUGUGUCAACUCCUGCUUAAACAACGGAACAUGUGAACCAGUCGGGUGGACCGGUUUCACCUGCGAAUGCUCUGCCGGUUUUGGAGGCUUAAGGUGUGAAAAGGAGUUGAUUACCAUCAAUCUUGGAACGAACGAGUCGACCCUAGUAAGCUCUCCAUCCUAUCCCAACAACUACCCGAACAAUCUGGAUGUCGUUUGGAUAAUCCAAACGGUAGGCAAUUGGAGGAUUCUCAUUGAGUUCAUCGCUUUCAACACGGAGAGUCGUUACGAUUUCCUUCAGGCCGGGGAUGGGGGGAAUUUUUCAAAUUCCUCCACAGCUUUGUUCCGCGUGAGUGGAAGCAAUCUGCCAACUCGUCUCUUGUCCGUCGGGAACGUCAUGUGGCUGAGAUUCAUGUCAGAUCAGAGUGUCAACAUGAGUGGGUUUUCCUUGUCGGCUCAAAGCGUCUCCUCAAGUGGCUGUGUAUUUAAUUCCUGCUUGAACAACGGGACAUGUGAGCCAGUCGGGAGAUUCGAUUUCAGCUGCGCUUGCCCUGCUGGGUUUCAAGGCAUUGUAUGUGAAACAGAAACCUUCUUUGUGAGUGUGAAUGAGUCUUCUCAAAUUACCUCGCCAUCCUAUCCAUCAAGCUACCCAAACCAUACACGCCUCGUCUGGAUCCUUCAAGCCAUGCCCAACAGGAAAAUUGUCAUCACUUUCGUUGCCUUCAACACGGAGCGUGGUUUCGAUUUCCUUGAAGCUGGUGAUGGAUCAGAUAGCACCAACUUCUCCAAUAGGUUCUUUCGUUGGAGUGGGUCUUAUAAACCACCUGAACUAUUGUCCAAUCAGAACGCCAUGUGGUUGAGGUUCACAUCGGAUGGGAGUGUCAGUCACGCUGGGUUUACUCUGUUGGCGCGAAGUGUCCCAUCCAAUGAAACAUUGACCUGUUCUGACGGUGAACUUGACUGUGGCCAUUCGGUUUGCGUCAGUGACUCUUUACGAUGUGACGGGUAUUACGACUGUAUUGACACAAGCGACGAAAUAUCCUGUGACUGUGAUAGCAUCUUCUGCCAGAACAAUGGAACCUGUAUGCUAUUCCCAAGUGGUUAUUUUAGAUGCCUUUGCUCCCAAGGAUUUGCAGGAAGAUUCUGCGAAAAAGCUUUCGUUGAGUGUGAGGCAUUUCCGUUCAUUUUUCAAGAAUCUGACAGAUGUGAUGGAAGGAUUACAUGUCCAAACGGCGAUGACGAAAAGGGUUGUGAUUGCAGUGGGGAUGAUUACCUGUGUCGUGAUAGCAUCUGCGUGAGUCGAGCCGAUGUGGAAUGUAAUGGUGUACCAGAUUGUCUGGAUUAUUCAGAUGAAGGAGUUACCUGCAAUGCUGCCUACUGCGUGGAAAUUCAGAGUGAAGUGUGCUCAGCUAUUCUGACUUACAAUACCACCUACUUCCCGAACGACUUCGUGAAAUCCCAUCGACAAGCGAAUGACCUCAUUACUCAACAUCUGCCUCAACUCACGGUCAACUGCACCGAUAGCGAGAGACUUGCUCUGUGUAUGUCGUUCUUCCCGGAGUGUCCUCAGUUUGGUUCUGAUCGAAGAGUCUGUGCCACAUUAUGCACGAGAGCUUUGGAAUGUGUCGGCCUCGACAGAAACUCUAACACUACAACUUUGCCGUGUGAUGUAUAUCCAGACCGUGGAGUCCUGUCAACUUCAGAUGGUUGUUUUUACAACAGCGAAGAUGUGUUACAAGCAGGAGACUGUGGGCGUCGACCAGCAGCCUCGCCUUCUCUUAAUCCUUUCAGUCGUAUCGUUGGUGGAGCUCAGACGCACAUUGCCAACUGGCCUUGGAUUGGUUCAUAUCGACACGCUAGUGAAUCGCAUGGAUGUGGAGUAUCACUAAUCAGUAGAUAUUGGGCAGUCACAGCAGCACACUGCAGCCAUCUGCAUCACGUAGUAUUUGGCAGUUCGACCUUGGAUAUUCCAUUCAACUACCCACACGUCCAUAGGGUUAGCAAAGUAUUUAAUCAUCCCAGAUAUGACGAUCAGUGGUACUACCACGACAUCGCGCUCCUGAAACUGGCCUCCCCCGUACGAUAUACGGAAACCAUCCAACCAAUCUGCUUGCAAAUUGCUGACAAUGAAACUGAGGUCUACGACAGGUGCCAUGCAAUGGGUUGGGGCCGAACUUCAUAUGAAGGGAUUAUUUCUCCCAUCUUGAAAGAAGCACGUGUCCCGCUAUUGGGUUGGGAGCAAUGUAACAACAACACUGGAACUCGUGGACGACUAUUUGUCUCAUCAAGUCAGAUAUGUGCCGGGAUCGGAGACGAACCCAACAAAACCUGUAACGGUGACAGUGGAAGUCCAUUGGUCUGUCAAGGCACGGAUGGCCGGUGGAAGAUGGUUGGCAUUGCUAAUAUUGCGUAUAGAUGCGGACAAACUGGCCCCACCGCUUUCACGAGAGUGUCGCAGUACAUUAAUUUCAUCAGAUACACAAUUGCUUCAGAUGCUGAUUUGUGCGGUGUAAAUGACUUCAAAUGUAGCUCUGGGACUUGUAUAACGCCUGAGCUCGUGUGCAAUAAGUUCCCUGACUGUGACGACGGGAGUGACGAAUUCUCUUGUGACCCUGGAGGUAUGAAAUAGCGAGGAGAAUGGCAACGUUGAAACAAAUCACUUUUUAGCAUUGAUAUGAAAAUUAGUGAUGAAAAUCUGAUGACAAAUUUAGUACUCUGCUAAUUUUGUUUGACAGCAAGGAAUCUGCCUGAUUAAAUCACCUCGCAAUAAAUCUUCAGUAAUUUUGUCUUGUCUAAUAUGGUGAUUAAUUUGAACGCAGUAGCUGUUUCUCGGGUACAGUCAAAGAGAAAGCAGGUCUUAAUUUUGAAACAAUGGACUAACCACAUACUUACAUUCGAGAACUGCUUUUAACGAAAGAUUAACUUAUAAAAACAGGAGAGAAUAGGAGAAAGCGAGUCCUUUGUUCUUUUAAAAUGUCUGCUGUCCAUGGUAAAACAAUAAAGCCUCUCUGUUUCUUAACUACACAACUUUAAAAACAAUUUUACUCUGAAUUUUGUGUGUUAACUUUUUAUUGAAAUUUUGACAAUUCGAACGAGUAUAACAAUUUCCCCAGGUAAUUCCCAAUUUAUUUCAAAAUGAAAAAGAUACAUGUACAUAGGCCUAUGUUCAGACUUGCCUUAACACUAAAAUGUGUUAUAUUUUCCGGGAUUGCUGCUGUGCAUAUUUUCGAGCCGGGCCUUUAGGAUUUUUUUAGUAACUUCGUACAGUAAUUUUGAAACCAAUUUUGUGAAAAUGGAACUGUUUUCUAUUCGGCCAGCGUGUGUAUUUUUCCUCAGCAGUAAGGCGCAUUUCCAUAUUUCCUUUUUUGGGGUGCAGUACGUACACAAUUCACCCAGAUAUUUGGUAAUGGGAUUUAUAUCUAUUGAAAAUACAUUUUACUAUAUUUUAAAUGUUGUAUUUUAACAAAGCCCAAGGCAAGCUACUCAGAAUUACGGGUGAAACGAAAUAUCAUGUGACAUACAGUAGCUUGGUUUGAAAACGUAAUAAUGAAAACCAUCCCACUGUAUCAAAAUGCAAUAAAACCUUGGUUCGUAUGAGGUUUAUACAGGGGUCCUUAAAAUACAUGCAAAUGGAAUAAUGCCAAUUCGCUUUGUACCGAUCUGGAAAUGCUGAGAACGAUGCAACGAUGCAAGUAUCCUCGGCAUUAUUUGUCACUAUUUUUUUUCGAAUUACAUUUAUUACUCUGUGCGCAAAAAGGAAUUCCUAUUUACCCCGAAUGACAAAGGCCGUGAUUUGCAAUAUUCUUUUCCUUUGUCACUGCCCUCCAUUAGAUAGUGUGUACUUUAUUUAAACACCACUUUACUGGAUUGGGACCAGGUUCUGAGACUCCUUGUUAUUGCAAUAUGCAGUCAGUGCAUUACAUCAGUGCAAGACUUCACACAUUAGCUUUUAGUGAUAUAAUAUCAUCAGGGAUCAAUCGUCGUUUGUGUUCUUAUCCGAGGUUGGUGCCACUUUUUUAGCUCCACACUCAGUGUAUUUCAUCUAGAUGUGGUUUCCCUGAUGAAACCAUAGACCUAGAGGAGGAAAAUACAACUCCUGGGGGCGCCCCGUGCAUUGCAUGUACAUGUAUACGCAUUCCGUCGGCCGGAGGUGCCGGCACAGGAAACUUCCGGUUGACCUUGGAAUAGGUGUUCACGUGCAAUUAACGAUUGCAACCGUCACGCGUCGCUGCGCGCGUAAUUUUGCCUUGGAAUUCUUUAUUUUUCAUGUUUUUCGUGGAUAAAACAGCAAAAUGGGCACGCCUGGAUAAGAUAGACAUAUACAAGUGUGUUAUGAUAUUCGGUAUACAAUAAAAACUCAACUGCACAAUCAUUACCUGGAAAUUUAUGUCAUUUGGGGUAUUUUGUGUUACACAUUGUGCUGCAUGCACAAUUUAAUAUACGGAAAACAGCAAAACGGAAGUUGUCUGUGCCGGUAACUUCGGCACUUCCGGUUGACGCAAGAUCGACACGCGCCCGCUGGAACUGGCAGUCCAUUGUAUUUUUCUCCUUCAGGUCUAUGGUGAAACUUGUAUGAGGCGCAACAUUUCUGCAAUCAUCAUUCAGUGUGCUUCGUUGGUGUGCAUCAAGCGUCACAUCAAAUUACAGGCAGUUCAUGCACCUAUACCAGGCA